GUCAUCGAACGUCGCCCGGUUGUUUGGUGACGUAUCGCACGUUCGCCGGGGGAGAAGUUUGAAAAUAAACGUGAAACUUUUUUCUCACCUUAAACCUUGCCUUCAUGGAUUAUUUUUUCGCACCUUUUUUUGCAAGUUGGAUAGAAAAUCAAUAAAAGAACCGUUAACGAGUUAGACGAGCGACACGAAGCGGAGAAAGCGGAAUUCUCAGGCUGCGAUGUCCUCCCAAGACGAAGAGCUGUCGGCUGUCCUGUCUGCUGCAUGGACAGCUGCCUUGUCCGCUGCCAUGGCGGUGGCCAUGAACGCGGACGCCAAAACUGAUCUCACCAAACUGUUAGACGAGUGGGAAGAGACGCAGCAGGGUACCACAGAGGAACUGGUGUCCAUCCUAACCAAAAUGUCUGAGCUGUUUGAACGGGAGACAGAAGAGUAUUACAAAGCGGAUCCUGAUCCCUUCGAUGAUCGUCACCCAGGACGAGCUGACCCAAACUGUAUGCUGGGACAGCUGCUGAAGAUGCUUCUUUUAAAUGACGACUUCACUAAUGCGCUUUUGGACACUUAUAUCAUGAGCAGUCGUGAUGUUAGCCUCAACACGGCCGCAUGUCGCCUGCUUCAGAACAUCGUCCCAGGCCUGGAUACGGCUGUCAUCUUUGAAGAAAAGGAGGGCCUGGUUGGGAAGCUGUUCAGCUGGGCCCGUGAAGCUGAGCGGCCGCUGUGCGUCUACGCCACCGGCCUGCUGGCCAGAGCCAUGAGCCACCAGGAAGUGGCGACUCGGCACAAGGAGGACAACGCUCAGCUGGUAUCCAUGAUGAUUAAACGUCUACACGAGCUGCAAUCCGCCGAGCCUACUGCCCAGAAUCUACCUCGAGACGCUCAGGAUGAAGCUGCUCAGACCUCAGGUGUGACAGAAAAACUGCAAAUCCAGACACAAGAGGAAGAGGAAGAGGCCUCUGAAGAGAAGGGGAGGAGGGAAGAAAAUGGAAAAAGCAGCAGGUCAAUGUCAGAGGCCAACUCUUUUGCCCAGAGAAGCAGCGGUGGUAGCAGCACCUCCACUCUCCUUCUUCCAAGCUCUCCAACUUCCAUGGAGAAGGAAGACACUCAGGGAGGAGAGGAAGGAGGAGGAGGAAGAGGAGGGAAGAAACUGGUUGGAAAGGAGAACGAGAGGACCGAGGAGGAGGCAGAGAUGGCUGGGACCAGCAAGCUGGCAGGCAACAGCUCCUCCUGGUCUGAGAUGAGCUCCAUCCUGAUCGGCUCCGACUACCGACUGUCCCCGCUGAGCCCAGCCAUGGAGCAGAGGCUCAUCCUGCAGUACCUGACUCCCCUCGGAGAUUACAAGGAGCUGCUGGCAGUCUUUAUGAAAAUGGACAUCCGGUCGCUGAUGAUGAACUACAUCGACCUCAGGAAGACCAAAAAUGUGCAGCUUACCUUCGAUGCUCUGCUGUGUCUCGCCUCACUGCUCCUUCAUAAGAAGUUUGCGUCUGAGUUCAUCGCUCAGGGAGGAGUGCAGAAAGUCCUGGAGAUCCCGAGGCCUUCCAUGGCAGCAACAGGAGUUUCUCUCUGCCUCUACUACCUGGCGUACAAUCAGGAUGCAAUGGAGAGGGUGUGCAUGUUCACGGACGGUGUGCUGUCAGACAUGGUGUCCUACGCUCUGUGGUUGCUGGAGUCGUCCCACGCUUCAGGCAUCUGUCACGCCACCAUGUUCUUCUCUGUCUCUUUUUCAUUCAGGGUGGUGUUGCAGCUCUUUGACCAGCUGGACGGUCUGCGCAGGCUGGUCAAUCUGAUCAGUACUUUGGAGAUCCUUAACACAGAGAACGAGGCUUCGACAAUGAGCGACGACCACGUGUUCUCCAGCAGACAGACCGCCAAGCACACCUGCAUGGCGCUGCGCAGGUACUUUGAGGCUCACCUGGCCGUGAAGACCGAACAGGUGAAACAGUCUUUGCAUAGUUCAGAAAGCGGUACCAUCAUUCCCCAGCAGCAGUUUUACAAGGCCUAUACGUACACAAGAGAGCAAAUAAUUGAGAUGAUGGAGUUUCUUAUCGAGUGUGGACCUCCUCAGCUCCAAUGGGAGCCCGUUGAAGUUUUCUACAAGUUGUCCUGUGUUCCUUUAAUGCUGCAGCUCAUCUCUGCAGCCUGCGACUGGACGACCUACUACGGCAGGAGCGAGACGGUUCGCUAUGCUUUGGACAUUGUGGCGAUCCUGACAGUUGUUCCUAAAGUCCAGCUGCUGCUGGCUGAUACUGUGGACGUCAUUGAUGAAAACAGGUCCCUGGUUCCCACUGUAGGUAUGAGCAUCAUUCUGGGUGUUGCUGAAGGUGAAGUGUUUCCUAAUGAUGCAGAGAUCCAGAAGUCUGCUUUGCAGGUGAUAAUAAACUGUGUCUGCGCUCCAGAUCAGAGCCUGAACAGUGUCAGUGCUUUUGCUGUUGCCCCCCUCAGAUACCCUUUGCACCCCCAGCCGCCCCCAGCCACCCACAACAGGGUGCUGGCCCACAUGUGGAAAGUAGUGCAGAACAAUAAUGGCAUAAAGAUGCUUCUGUCUCUGCUGUCGGUGAAGGUUCCCAUCACGGACGCAGACCUGAUCCGCGCUCUGGCCUGUAAGGCUCUGGUCGGACUCUCUCGCAGCUCCGCCAUCAAACAGAUCAUCAGCAAGUUGCCGCUUUUCACCAGCAGUCACAUUCAGCAGCUCAUGAAGGAGCCGGUGCUGCAGGACAAACGCAGCGAACACGUCCGCUUCUGUCGCUACGCCAUCAAACUGACCGAGCGAGUGUCCGGCAAGCCCCUCAUCAUGGGCGCCGACGUGUCGCUGUCCCGCCUGCAGAAGGCCAACGUGGUUGCCCAGACUCGCAUCAGCUUCUCUGAGAAGGAGCUCCUCGUUCUGAUCAGGAACCACCUUGUAGCCAAAGGCCUCCACGACACAGCGAACACCCUGGUUAAAGAGGCAAAUCUACCUGCAGCCUCUCUGUGUCCUAACGCCGUCUCCUCCUGCGUCACCCCUACCUCCUCCACUUUCAAACCUAGGACUUGUCGGUUAUCCGGCGGCAGCGCGGCUCGUGUCGCCGCCCACCUCGGCAGCUCUCCCGUGUCCUCGGGUAAUUCAGCCGCCGCCGGGCCCUCUGCUUCCCGUUCGCCUGCCAUUCCUCACUUGUCGGGUUCCUGGGCGUCGGCCUCGGCUGUUCCGACCACCCCUCCUCAUCCGUCGCCUCAGAGCUCGCAUCCCAUUGGCCGGAUUUUGUUCUCUCGGGAGCGACCAGCAACCAGCUGCAACUCAGGGAAAAAGCUGCGUGCACUUAAACAGAAGUCUGACUCUGGCACUUUCAUACAGACCCCAGCUAUGAAAAAGCAGUUGGAGUCCCACCUGCCUUCUCUGCCGACCCUCGACAACAUCAUCACAGAGUACCUGAGGGAACAACACGCCCGCUGUCCUAAUCCCGUCACCACCUGUCCACCUUUUUCCCUUUUCACCCCUCACUGCUGCCCAGAGUCCAAACAGAGGCGACAGGCGUCACCCAACUUCACCACCCGUCUGGGGAAUAGGGUGCUGUAUCCAAAAUAUGGAGGUGCGGGCAGAGGAAGUCUGGACAGACAUCUGAUAUUCAGCAGGUUUCGACCCAUGUCAGUUUUCCACGAAGGCGACGGAGGCGAUAGCAGCUUCACCUGUUGUGCCUUUUCCGCCUGCGAGAACUUCCUGAUGCUGGGAACCUUUUCUGGUCACGUCAAAGUUUACAACAUCUCCUCUGGAGAGGAGGAGGCCAACUACACCUGCCACGGAUCGGCCAUCACUCACAUCGAGCCGUCCCGGGAUGGUAACUUGGUUCUUACCUCUGGUUCCUGGAGCGUCCCGCUGUCAGCUCUGUGGAGUAUGAACAGUGUCUUCAGCAUGAAGAACUCCUUUGGAGACGAUAACUAUGUGGAGUUCAGCAAACUCUCUCAAGACAGAGUAAUUGGCACUAAGGACCAAAUUGCACAUAUCUACGACAUCCAGACGGGCCAGAAGGUCUUGACCCUGAACGACCCCGCAUUGGCCAAUAAAUACAAGAGGAAUUGUGCCACCUUCAACCCCACUGAUGUCCUGGUGCUAAACGAUGGGGUUCUGUGGGAUGUGCGGCUGUCACGGGCCAUCCACAAGUUCGACAAGUUCAACAUGAACCUCAGUGGGGUUUUCCAUCCAAACAGCCUGGAGGUCAUCAUAAACACAGAGAUUUGGGACCUGAGGACCUUCCACCUGCUCCACACCGUUCCUGCUCUGGAUCAGUGCAGGGUGGUCUUUAACAGCAAUGGCACCAUCAUGUAUGGAGCGAUGCUGCAAGCUGACGAUGAGCACGACGUCAUGGAGCAGCAGGUGACGAGUCCCUUCGGCUCGUCCUUCAGGACGUUUGAUGCCACAGACUACAAGCCUAUUGCCACAGUGGAUGUAAAGAGGAACAUCUUUGAUCUGUGUACUGAUACCAAGGACUACUACCUGGCUGUCAUAGAGAACCAAGACACUAUGAGCAUGGACACUGUAUGUCGUCUUUACGAGGUUGGACGACAGAAACUAGCAGAAGAAGGAGACGACGAUGAUCAGGAUGAAGAUCAGGAGGAUGAUGAUUCCUCAGACACAGAUGAUGACGACGAUGACGACGAUGAGGACAUAGAUACAGAUGCCCUCAUUGACGAACUAGUAAACGAUGAAGACCAGGAGAACCAGGAGCAAGCUGACACACCUGCAGAUGACGCGAUUGAGGCUCUUCUGGGCGGCAGCAGCGGUGAAGAGGAACACAUCAGUGAUGAUGAAUAUGGAUAUCCAGAGCAAGAUGGAUCAAGCUUCAAUAUUUCAUGGUUGGGGGAAGAAUCAGAUGAUGAUGAUGAUGACGACGAUGAUGCCGACAUGUUUGGAUAAAGGCCUGUCAUGGUUUUAACGAUGUAAGAGAAGACGUUCCCCCUGCAGAACGUGUGAAAUGACCCAUAAAUGGUACCAAAAACUCAAAGGUUCCAUAUAUGUCCUGAUGGGCCAUACGUUUCCCCAUUUCUGGUUCCUGUUUGUGUAAUUUAUAAAGGUUUGGAAUAUGAAUGUUGCUUUUUUUUAGUCCUUUACAUUAGCUGAGGAACCGGACAACAGCAUCCUUUUCACCUCUAAUUUCUACUACCAGGAUAUGCUGCAAGCCAUGAGCUGACCCACCUAUGAAAGAGUGAGGGGGGAAAAAAUGCAAUAUUUGAGAUAAAUUACAAGAAUUUCAGUUUUUUCUCAGAAAGUAAAGUUUUCUACUUUAUUACUUCAGCAUCGUUUUAAUGUUUGGCAGCAGCUCAAAAGCAAAACCUUAAUCAAAAUUACAGUUUUGACCCACAGCAUCUUCCACAUUUUCCUAAUUUAUAAAAAAAUUAACCUUUUUUAUCCUGAUGUAAACUAAUGGAAAUAAAAAUCUUAUGUUCAUAUAAAAGGCCCUUCUCUCAAAAAUGAGCCUCACUUUUGUGUUUAUGUUUCUGUAUUCGAAAGUAUUGGUUUAUAUCUUUACAAGAUCAUUUAAGACGUUAUGUUCUCUGUCUAUACAGGAAAUGUUUUUGCACUGACCAAAAAGUCUGGAAUUGGAACAUGUAUCAGAGAAGCUUAGGGUGGGAUCAUAAAGACUUGGAAGCAGCAGAAUAAACUAAACACUUCAAGAGCAGUGGUCUGGGUACGAUUAGGAAAAACGUUCAAUAGACAGAGGAGGAGUAUAUCUGCUUAGAUUUUAAUGAUUGCUUCACCUUCUGUGAAAAAAUAAAUCCAUAUCAGACUUGUAAGCCCAGCGAGGUAUUUUACCUACUGUGAAAUUGAUUUAACAGCAAUGAAGUCGAGCAAUUAAGAAAAUAUAUUUAGAUUUUGGAGUGUUUACUUUAUCGAAGUAUCGGUUGGCUAGACAAAGAUGUAGGUAUUUUGUUGCUGCCACUUUUCUUCUAGUUAUUUUAUUAUUAUCAUUAUUAUUAUUAAGAAAUGUCCCAAAUGCCCAAAUUCAACUCUUCUUUGGUGUUACAGAUCCAGUGCGUGACCUUUUGGUGAUCUAGUGGCUGAAAGGUGUAAUUAUUAUUCCUCUUUUCUUAGCAUAGAAAUCACUAACAUACCAAAUAUUGUCUCUAGGGUUUACAUUUGUGAUGUCCUCACAAGUAGGAAAGGACUUUCCUUAAGCUGCAUGACCUAUUUUCUCCACCAGAUGUCAGUCCAGCCCACAUUUAAUUUGACUAAAGUAUUUUCUGUCCCAGGAUAUUUCACGGUUUAUUGUGUUAAAACACUUUCUAGUCUUAGUGUUUUAUUUUGCUGUAGAUUUUCCAAGGCUAGGCUUUGGUAAUGUAUUAUUUCAUAUAUAUAUAUAUAUAUAUAUAUAAUUUUUCAUUUCUGUGUUGGAUUUUACAUUUAAGGACAAACAUGCUGUUUUUAUUUUUUUGUUUUUGCUUUUAGCUCUUGUGAACCUCAGGUAACUGGAAGCAAUAUGCAGAUACAAGUGUAAGCACUGCUCAAGCUUGUUUGGUGUGUGUGUGUGUAUAUAUUUCUUUUCUCAAAAAUGUGAAAAAUAAAAUAAUGUAUGGAUUGCAUAUAUUAUCGUGUCAUAAUAUGCAGAAAUCCCAGCCAUCUCCAGCAGAAAAUCUCUUUUGCUAUUUAUGAGCCAAACUUAUUUAAAGGUUUUGUUGGUGGCUAAAGGAAAUGAUCAACUUGUAAAGACUGUUAGUCACAAAGAAUGUUUCUAUUAUUCAUUUGACACUAAUUGUCAAAUGAUUGAAAUGCUACCUUAAAAGAAUUGACUUUAAAAACAAUCUUACUGGCAGUUAACGUUUGGUAUGAGAGUGGUUGACUUCACUUUGUGUUUUGUUUGUAUUAUACUACAACCUGUUUACCUCACUAAACAGUUUUCUUUUACAUCAGUACAUAUACUCUUCUUAAUUUUACUUUGGAAGGUAGAAAAGUGGUUAUGAUUACAAGUCUACAAGAGUGUCAGUCAUUUAAAAGUAUAAACCAGCAAAGGAAUAACAUAUGAUUAAAUAUGUGAAGAAUUGAAACACUGUUUCAGUCACCGGUGGCGUUCAGCUCUGAAACAGUCAGAAUGAUGAAUCUGAAUUAUUUGGCUUUUAUUAAUCUUUUUCAUCAUUAUUAUUUUAUUAAUUGGAGCAUACUGUCUCGGAUGCACAGUCACAGCUGGUGAAUGGCAACCCUGGUUUUCUCUAUACAUAGUUUUUUAAGUCUGGUUUUUGACUUAAUGAAUGUAUCAUUUUCAUCAUCAAUAACUUGAAUUGACACUUUAAAAUGUGGUUUUACAAGUCAAAUACAAUUAUUACAGAGCCAUUAGAAUGAAACUUUCUGGUUUGGAACAAAUAUACUGUAAAUAAGUUUGAAAUGUUUGUCAAAUUUAUUCUGCUGUUCAGUCUUUGUAAAUUAAAAACUCUCCUAUGCAAGUUGUUGGUGUCAUGAUCCUGGCAUGGGCUAAAUUGCUGCCGCUAAAGUUGAGGUGUUGUUUAUUUCUCCCCAUUAUAAAUCCAACCUUUGUGGUACGUUUCCUAUCUUACCAGACGAUCGAUGGCAAACGUUUUGACUUUAUCAGCCGAUGCGUCAGUCCUGAAAAUGAUAAUCAAGCUGGGAUAACUGUUUUGUGCUUUUUUAUUUUUAUUUUUAUCAACUUUAUUUGAAAGUGUUUGCUGGAAUUAUUGCUUUUUGAUUUGAUUUUUGAGUCAUAUGUCCGUAGAGAUCCGUGUUGCUAAGUUUGAAUAAACAGCGGACAACUUUCUACACAACUAUA